GUAAAUCUACAGACACAAGGCACCACACACACAGGGAAAAACAAAAUCUAGAGAGAGAGAGAGAGAGGGCAUUGAUGAAGAGAGAUCAUCACUUUGGUAUGUCAUUGCAAAGCAUUUAGAAGGAAGAUAGAAUAAAAAGAUCGAGAAAGAAAGAAAAAUGUGGGCGCCCAUAUCAGUUUCAAGCUUCCAUCUUCGUCUUCUUCUUCUCUUCUUCUGAGAUCUAGGGUUUUGUUUGUUGUUCUUACUCAACCUCUCUCUCCUCUCUUAGAUUGGUCAUGCCCCUGCCCUUUGAGGAACUACAAGGCCUAAGUUUCUUAGAUUCAUCUUCCUACGGAACACGUGAAGAUCUCUGUUGUGUUGUCGGUGUUAACAAUGGUAGCGAGCCCACGUCUGUUCUAGACUCAAUCCGAAGCCCAAGCCCCUUCCUCUCUUCCUCAACCACCACGCUGUCUUCCUCCCACGGUGGUCCCAGCGGCGGCGGCGGCGCUGGCAAAUGCAAUCAGAUGACUUUCGAGGAUCUCGACGGCGUCCUCUCCGGUUCUCCGGGACAAGAACAGAGCAUUCUUAGACUCAUCAUGGGCGGCGAUGUGGUGGAUCCGGGCUCUGAGUUCAUGGGUUUCGACCCGGGUUCUGGAUCCGACCCGGUUAUUCACAACCCUAAUCCACUCUUCGGCUACGGCUUCCCUCUCGACGACCCGCCACAACCACCGCCUGAAGAAGAAGACGUCAAGUUUCACAUCAUGACAAACCCGAACCCGAACCCGUGUUUCUUCUCCGCCGGGUUGUCUCCUCCCGCAAAAAGACUCAACUCGGGUCAACCCGUAUCUCACCACCACCACCAGUGGGCUUUCCCGUUCUCGGAUCCAAGUCUCACGCCGCCGAAGCUAGCUGAAACCGAGGAGGACGAGCAGUCGUCGUCGUCAACGGUGAUCACGGAGGAGCUAUUCAACGCGGCGGCGGAGCUAACCGGAACCGAUAACAACAAUCCCGUACUCGCGCAAGGGAUAUUGGCGCGGCUCAAUCACAACCUUAACAACAACAACAGUAUCAAUCCUAAACCUCCGUUUCAAAGAGCGGCUUUGUACGUAACCGAAUCUCUCCAAUCUCUACUCCAACACUCCUCCCCACCCUCCUCUCUCCUCCCUCCACCUCACACCCUCCUCCUCAAAAUCGCUGCUCACAGAGCCUUCUCCGAAACGUCGCCGUUUCUCCAGUUCGUUAACUUCACCGCAAACCAAACGAUCCUCGAGUCUUUACAAGGGUUUGAUCAGAUCCACAUUGUCGAUUUCGACGUCGGUUACGGUGGUCAAUGGUCGUCUCUGAUUCAAGAACUCUCCGGGAGAAGAAACAGUUCGCUAAAGGUUACAUCUUUCUCCUCUCCUUCAACUCUCUCCGACGAGUUCGAGCUCAGAUUCACUGAAGAGAAUCUCAGAGCUUUCGCAGGAGAAACCGGAGUUUCCUUCGAGAUGGAGCUACUGAACAUGGAGACUCUCCUGAACCCACCUCUCUCUCUGCUUCGAUCAUCUGAUAAAGAAGCAAUCGCUGUGAAUCUCCCAAUCGGCUCCGUCGUCUCCGGUUACCUCCCGUUGAUCCUUCGCUUCCUCAAACAAAUCUCUCCAAACGUCGUCGUUUGUUCAGACAGUAUCUGCGACCGGGACAGCGACGCGACGUUUCCCAAAGCUGUGGUCAACGCGCUUCAGUACUACACGUCUCUGUUAGAGUCUCUCGACGCUUCAGGGAAUGUUAAUAAUCUUGAAGCUGUUACGAGUGUCGAGAGGUUUUGUGUGCAGCCGUGGAUAGAGAGACUGUUGACUAAUCGUUACCGUUGGAUGGAGAAAUCUCCACCGUGGAGAAGCUUGUUUGGACAAUGUGGGUUUACUCCGGUGAUGUUGAGUCAGACGGCGGAGACACAGGCGGAGUAUUUGUUGCAGAGGAAUCCGAUGAGAGGGUUUCAUUUGGAGAAGAGACAGUCUUCGUCUACUUCUUCGCUCGUGUUAUGUUGGCAGAAGAAAGAACUUGUUGCUGUCUCAGCUUGGAAAUGUUAA